CCGGACUCGGUGUCAUAACAACAAGGGUAUGUCUGCUGCGCUGGCGGGCGAAGCGAGGUGCACAGGUUGCACACGACGAGCUGGAAAGUCAGUGUAUCGCUCAGCAGCUGUACGCAGGUGACGUUGGCUGACAGAUAUUACCUAUUGUCACGGUCCACCCAGGCGGCCCCUCCUCGCCAUGCUGCGCCACAGCAGGCUGCAGAAGCAGGUCCUGGCUCUGUACCGGCAGCUCCUGAGGGCCGCGGCGCACAAGCCGGGCUUCCUGCCCCGGAUCCGGGACGAGUUCCGCCAGAACGCCAGCAUUCCCAGGACUGACGUCAUGCACAUCGAGUACCUGUGUCGGCGCGGGUGGCGGCAGCUGGAGCAGCUCGGCCACGCCACCACCCGGCAGCUGGGCGCCUUCUCCAGGCCCGGGAGGCGCGGCUGACCCCCGGCUGGCACUGCGCUCGGGGGCGGAGAACGGGACCUGCCGGGUCCAUUUCAGGUGCCAGCGGCUCCUAUCCGUCCGCCUCUUCAUUCCCCUGACUGCUCUGGCAGGAGAGGCAGCUGGUCAGUCACGCCCCGGCCGUCGGUCCGAGGCGGCUAGUCAGUCUACCGCAGGGUCACUGGACUGCAGAGCCUUCAGCCCGCAGCACAGCUCGGGAGCGAGACUCAUCGGGCUCAAACCCGUCGAGAGGCCACUGUCACAUCUCCAUAGUGGAAGGAUUUGUAAUGCCGAUAUUGUAGUUUGCGUUAUUUCUCACAGACUGUUUUAAUAAAAUAAGUUUAAUUGAACAAGAGAAUGUAACAUUGGUCUCACUGUUUCUUAAAUCUUCCAUAGUGGUUCCUGACUUGAACGUCUGUUAUUUCGCUGUUCAUUGGGUAUUGCUGUAGACUUUCUGUAAUCAGAUACACAUCAGGCUACAACUCAGUUGGUUGGCAUAUUGCCUUCUGCUACAGGUCAGUUCCUCUCACAUGCUUGUAAUGGAAAUAAAUUGAUUUAUUUUCAUUGA